AUGAUGCGAAAGAAGUUUCAAGCCUUGCAUCAUCUCAAAGUCAUUCUGAUAAAAUGUUAAAAAUAAUAACAUCUCGACCAUCGCCAGCAUCAGCUUCGGUUGUUCCGGCUGGUAUGCACAGUCUAGUUUUGAUAAGGCACCCGACUGGUUGAGAUCGCAAUUCUUGCGAUGGAGUUUAAACUGUUAGUGUGGAAAGUUGGCUUAUUGUGCAUUUUUUCUCAGCAUCCUGUUGUUCAAGCACAGAUUGCCCCGUCCUGCAGCGAGUAUGUGAAGCAGUACUAUGCAAACCCUUCUACGUACUAUACGACUGGUACGGUGUACUGUGGAGGAUGGCAAAGGAGAGAAGUUUCGUACCAAUGCCCCAAAACGACUUGUUCCGAAGGGUCGAACAGAAACUCCGAGCGCCUUCUAUUCACGGAUCACUACGCCGCCAGUAGAAUGUGCAAAUUAUAGGCUUUUUUCACUUGUCCAGCAGACGAAAAGCGUGGUACUGGACACAUAAAAAAUCGAAAAAUGCCUCAUCUUGAUCAUGACCGAAUCCGAAGACGCCGCCGACUCAGCUACAGCAGCGUGUACGACUAACAAUAUGCUUACGAGUUUUUUUUUG